AUCGAAUGAAAAAGUGGUUUUCUUCCGCUAAACGGAAGCAAAAAUCUGCAACAAUCAACGGGUUAGCCAAAGUAAUCACGCUAUAAAAUGCAACUCUGUUCACAUUUUGCGUCAGUUCACAAUAGAAGGAGUCAACAUGCAGAUCUUCUUGACCGUCAUCUUAUUGUCUGGUGCCAGCCUUUUGAAGGCCGAGAGUAUUCAUGAGACUGCCACGAGGUAUCCCAGUGAUCAAGGAUCCUUGUAUGAUCCCACCCCUGUUCCCGAAUAUCCAGAGUAUCCUCCUCAAACCACUGAAGCUCCUCGGUAUCCUCAACCUCAAUACCCUGCCCCUCAACCUCAAUACCCUGCCCCUCAACCUCAAUACCCCGCCCCUCAACCGAAGUAUCCCACUACACCUCGUCCCACGUAUCCUACCACCCAGGCUCCAAAAUACUCUCCCCCUGAGCCCAAAUAUAAUCAACCCAAAUAUCCUCAGCCUCCACCCAAAUACCCGAUUCGAUAUGAGCAGGCCAAGCCUGAAUAUGGUUAUGUCCAAGGCUACAAGCUCGUGGCUGUUCCAAUUUAUGCUCAUUAAUUAUGACAAGUUUGACACUUUGUCCCAAUAAAUUCAGACCAACACUCCACCUUGAUUCCCAAAGAUCCUUCUUUACUUCAACAUUUUGGUACCAGAAAAGCAUCCUACAAUAAGUUCGUGUUUUGUCUGAACCGAAUAGAAAUUUUUGAUUGUUAUGAUGAUUUCUUCUCUUCCCGAAGCAACCACGCCUUUUAUAGCGUCUCACUUCCUUAAAAUUAGAAUUGCUAUUUCUCACUCACAAGAGGUAAACAUGAUUCAUAGUGGUAUUAUGAGAUUCAAACCGUAAGUUAAUAU